CUAAAUGGGGGGGAUUGGGGGUGUGAAAAGUUGGUGGCUGAGUUGAAAAUAUGACCCAAUCUAAAUAUUAAGCAACAGAACGACCCAAAAGCUCCGCAACUGUUUGUUACAGUGUAUCUCCUCCUUCCUCCCCCACGUUUUCCAUUCCACCUUCUCUUCUGAAAUUGAAUUUUCGUUCGGUAGCAGUUGCAGUUCGCAAGUUUUGAAACCAUGGAUGAAGAAUCAGGUCGUCCCAUCAGAAUGAUGAACUUCGUCUCCGAAGAGCAAUUGGCAGAAUCUAAAAGAACAAGGGGAGAACGUGUUGAAGAUGGCACUGCCCACAGGGAUAGACCUCUCUUCGAGAUUCUGAAGGAGAACAAGGACAAGAAGGAUGCUGAAUUUAAUGAAAGAUUCAAACAUAGACCUCCCAAAGCUUUAGACGAGGAUGAGACCGAGUUUCUUGAUAAUUAUGAAUCAACAAAAAGGGAAUAUGAACAAAAAUUGGCAGAUGAGGAAGCCCAACAACUACGUAGCUUUCAAGCAGCAAUAGCAAUGCAGUCCAACACUGUGCAUGAACUUAAGGAAAAAGCUUCUGUACUUGCAGUCCAGGAAGAAAAGCCUGCUGCUGGAAAGAGGAAGCCAGCCUCUCGCCCAUUAAACAUGAUUAUAAAAGUCAAGCCUCAAGCUAAAAAAGCCAAGGUGGAUGAAGGAAAUACGGAAGACGUUCCAAAAGCGGGAAUUACUUAUGUGAAUGAUAAGAGUAAGCCUUUAGAACCAGUACAGCCAUUGAAUGGCAUAGCUGAUAGGUCAAAUGAAGUUGCUCAAACUGGCCUUGUUUCAUAUAGUGAUGAAAGUGAUGAUGACUUGUAGUUUGAUAUCUGUAUGAUGAGAAGAUUCUUAUUACUCUUCAUAUGCCCAUUAUAGUCAACUAGAUUUAUCAUUGAAGGUUAUUGGUCAUUGUAUAGAUAUAUAUGAUUUUGAAUGACAUCAAGAAUGGCUGCAUAUAAAAUA